AUGCCCGACGACAAGAAAGACCACCACAAGCACGACGACGGCUCCUCCUCCCGCGCCUUCACAGUCGAGCAAAAAGCCGCAGUUCUGCGGGUAAAGAAAUGCAAAGCGACAGAUUUCUACGAUAUCCUCGGCCUCGAAUCAGUGCGAACGACGUGUAGCGAUGGCGAGAUCAAGAAGGCAUAUCGGAAAUUGUCGCUCCUGACACAUCCGGACAAGAACGGAUAUCCCGGCGCAGAUGAAGCGUUCAAGCUGGUGUCGAGGGCGUUCCAGGUCUUGAGCGAUAGCGAUAAGAAGCAGAAAUACGACAAAUUUGGCGGCGACCCAGAUAAUCGCUUCGCGGGCGCGAGCGCAAGUGGUGCGAGUUCGUUCUCAGGUUUUGCGCAACAACGGGGUGGUGGAGGGAGGGGGCCGAUGUUCGAGGAGGAGAUAAGUCCCGAGGAGCUCUUCCGACAAUUCUUCGGCGGAGGCGGUGGCAUGGGAGGACCGUUUGGUGGGAUGGGCGGUGGAGGGUUUGGAGGGCCGGGCUUCGUGUUCAAUAUGGGAGGAGGGCCAGGGAUUCGAGUACAUCAAUUUGGAGGAAACCGACCCAGGAGGAGACCGCACAAUCACGAGAAUCAACAACCACAAUCCGCAUUCCAGGCGCUGCAGGGACUAUUACCGCUGCUACUACUCUUCAUCCUUCCCCUCCUCUCCUCCCUCUUCUCUGGCUCAACACCCUCAGGCCCGGGUAUGCGCUUCGACGGCGCAGUCAAUCCUCACACACAACAACACACCACCCGCAAUCUAAAAGUCAACUACUGGGUAAAUCCGGUCGAAGUCAAAGAUUACACAGGCAAGCAAUGGAAACAACUCGAUGCAACAGCGGAUCGGAAGUACGUCAACCAAUUGAGCACGGAAUGCGAAUUGGAACAAAGUCAACGACAACGGUUAGCGCAAGAGGCGCAGGGCUUCUUCUUCACUGAUCAGGUCAAGAUGGAUGAGGCGCGGAAGAUGAAGAUGCCGAGUUGUCAGAAGUUACAGGGGUAUGGGUUGAAGUUACCGGGGUAUUAG